AUGACAUAUGCGAGUGUGUACGCUGAAGGCAAACUGAAAGAAAAGAAAUUCAAUUCGAUAAAUCAGUAUGAACCAAAUGGAAGAGCCGGUCUGUUUUUCUCAUCCACCGGUCAUCUUCAACGUGAAGUCAUAUUUAACACACUUGGAUGGCUACAAUCAUCAAUGCUUCAAUGUAUAAUGAUGUGGUUAUGGGCUAAUAAUAAAAUUCCGUAUUACACUAAUUUUUGGGCAUAUCCAGGCUACUCUGUGUUUCUAUUUCUACUUGUCACUUAUUGGCGUGAAUUUCAUUUCUAUUGGGUUCAUCGACUAAUGCAUCCCUGGUGGAAUAUUAAGUAUGGUUUGCGUGAUGGUGAUGUGGGUGCGUUUCUUUAUCGACAUGUUCACAGUCUUCAUCAUAAAAGUUAUAAUCCCGGUCCAUGGAGUGGUCUCUCAAUGCAUCCUGUUGAACAUUUUUUCUAUUAUUCAUGUGCCUAUUUUCCAUUAGUCCUAUCAUGUCAUCCAUUACAUUUUUUGUACGCGAAGUUUCAUGCUGAUAUCUCACCGAUUGCCGGUCACGAUGGAUACGCUGAUCCAGGUGGGGAUAGUAGUUUUCAUUAUUUACAUCAUGCUAAAUUUGAAUGUAAUUAUGGAACGGAAUUAAUCGAUUUUGAUCGUCUAUUUGGAAGUUAUAUGGAUCAUAAUCAAGUGAAAAAAACAGUAGCUGAUAAAACGACCAAGGCACGCAAAAAUAUAAAAUAA